AUGCAUGAACCAAUUGAUCCAACAAGUAUUUUACGGUUGGUUAUUUUUACUGAAAUAUUUCCUAGAACCCAGAAAAAAUUCAUGUUUUAGGGAAUCCCGAAAAAUGAGCAAUGCGAGUAAUUUGACUCUUCCUGGAUCUCGAAGACCAUCAACAACUAUUGAAUUUGGAAGAAGUCUAUCCCACGAAGGCACUAGACAUAAGUAAGUUAUCUAACUUUUUCCUAACUAAUUAAUUAAUAAUUCAAUGUUUUGUAGAGUAACCAUCAAUGAAAAUCGCGAAGAAAAUCCAAUCGAUCGAUAUUAUGAGAAAAACCAUUAUACCGUGACGGGAAACAAUCAAGAAACUUUCAACCGUCUCCCAAAAACUUUUAGAACUCGAUUUCAGGUUGAUAAAACUGAUGGGUUCAGUAGGAAAAGUGCUUUCAGUUCACCUGGAGCACUUGGAGAUGAUGUGGUUCCAACACAAAGAAGUAUGUAUAUAACAACAAAAAAAUUAAAUAAUUUUUUAUAUUCCAAUUUUUACAGGAUUUGACAAAUCGUUCUAUUGGUUUGCUAUGAAUCGAAAAAAAUUUGGUUUCCGAUAUUUAGCAUUGUUAUUUUUAGUCGUACUUUAUACACUUUUUGGCGCCACAAUUUUUUAUUUGAUCGAGGGAACAAAUGAGAGAGAUGUUGUAAAGAUUCGAGAGAAAAAUUUGGAUAUUUUGCUGGAUGAUUUGGCUAAUGAACUCUCGGGAGCUGUCAAUAAUCCAAAUAUAACUUUCACAACAAAGGCAAUGAAAGAUUAUAUUAGGGUGGAGUUUUCUUUUCAAGUAAAUUUUUUUCAUUUCAAUUAGAAUUAAUUUUUCAGAAAGCCUACAUCGAUCUUCAAAAACAAGAAUCUCAAUAUAAAUGGAGCACAUAUUAUCGUUUGGAAGAUCCAGAAAACAAUAUGAAAUGGACAUUUUCGAGUGCAUUUUUUUUCUCGAUGAAUGUUUAUACAACAACGGGUUAUGGUGCAAUUUCUGCUGAAACAAUCGCUGGACAAACUUUUACAAUGCUCUACGCAUUUUGUUUCGUUCCAAUGACUUUAGUUGUUCUUCGUGAUCUUGGUCAACUUUUUCUUGUGAAAUUCACCUGGAUUUAUGCGCACGCUUUGACGUGGUUUAGAAAUAUGCGCGGGGAGAAAAAUGUGGAUGAGGAUGAGAUGAUUCAACUUCCAAUCAAAUUUUGCAUGGGAAUUCUUGUUGUUUAUUUAUUAUUCUGCACCACGUUUGUAUAUGUUUAUGAUGCUGUAUCAGGCCCAAAAUGGUCCGAUGGAUUACCAUAUUUCACCGCAUUUUAUUUCUCUUUCAUCUCGCUUACAACUGUUGGAUUAGGAGAUGUUAUGCCAAAUAAUGAACCGGUAAGCAACAUCUGAAAAAAAUAAUUCGUCAUUCUUUAUCUACAGUACUCACCACUGGUCUCCAUCUUAUUUUUUAUUGGAAUGGCAGUGGUCAAGGUUGUUAACAGAUCAACAUAUAUUGCAGUUGAAAACGGUAUUUUCGGUAAGGAAUCUUCUAAAUGGUUUUGAAAAAAAGUAGAAUUUUUGGAAUCUAUUGUUAUUUUUUUUAGGUAUAAUGACAAUGGUUGAGCGUAAGAUCGAUAAUAAAUUGACACCAAAACACUAAUCGAAUUGCGAUUUCAAAAACAUCUACCUCGACUUCUUCGGAAUCUGAACCGGAUUCUGAUGAAUAUGAAGAAGAACGUCGCAAUAAUCUCAUAAAUAGUUUCACCGUCCGAUCAAUUGCAACAUUUAUGAAUUCGAAUCAAGAUGUUUACGGUGGUGGAUUUGGUAGAGUUACUUUACGGCGUGGUGAUUUACAACAACUCAAAAAUCAAGCUCGGAAUAAUAAUAAUACAGUUCAUGGUUUCCGUCAUCAUUCAACUGUUAGAAGUAUAUCUGAAACUUUACCUAAAACUUGA